GUUGUUGUAGGCAGGGAAGAAGAUACUAGAAUUUGAGGUAGCUUUGGGGGAUUAUUUAAGUGUUUUGUCCACUUUGCAGUGCCCUAUAAAUAGAGGACCCUGCCCUUCAUCUUUUACACAAUUCAAUAACCAGGCUUGUUAAAGUUUUCUUCUACUGUGAGAGUGGUAUUUAGUGUUGCUUUUAUUUUGUUUUUGUUCAUGAGCUUUAGAACAAUGGGGAGUACUAGGGUUAUCGGUGCUGCAUUUUUGGCUUUGUUUCUAGUGGACUUGGCCUUUGCUGCUAGGUCAUUUAGGGGUGUAGGAAAAGGUGGCGAAGGUGCAAAUGGUUUGGGGUCCGGAUAUGGUUCCGGAAGGGGUUCCGGGUACGGUUCUGGUAGAGAAGGUGGUGGUGGAGGUGGCGGUGGUGGCGGUGGAGGUGGAUCAGGCAAUGGGUAUGGGUCUGGAUAUGGGUCCGGAUACGGGUCAGGGUAUGGGUCCGGAAGCGGUGUAGGAGGUGGAGGAGGUGGUGGAAAAGGUGGCGGAGGUGGAGGUAAUGGAGGCUAUGGAAGCGGAUAUGGCUCAGGUUAUGGAUCUGGAUACGGAAGCGGAGGAGGUAGAGGUGGUGGAGGAGGAGGUGGUGGUGGAGGGGGAGGAGGAGGUGGUGGCGGCAGCAAUGGUUAUGGACAAGGUUCAGGGUACGGCAGUGGGUCUGGCUAUGGUUCAGGGUACGGCGGCGGAGACGAUGAUUACUCACCAUAAACUAAUUAAGAGAUGAAGAUUGGAUUUAGGUAGAAGUAAAGAUAUUAUAGUUAAUCAUUGUGAUUUAUAAUUUUAAAAUAAGUUACAAAUGUAAUAGCUUUUGCAUGGAUUUGCAUGGGGGGGAUUGCGUAUAUAUAAUAGCGAAAGAAUUCCACGACUUGUGUAAGGCAUAUUAUAGUAUAGUCCAUGUUUCAUUGUGAUGUACCGAUGCUAAUAACAAUAAAGGAGACUUGUUAUUC